AUGUUGAACAAAUUCUCUGAUGUUGUGCACCACUUAGGAAUUUCUGUGAAAAGGUUGAUCAUUGAUUGUCCAACUCGUUGGAAUUCUACAUAUGAGAUGUUACUUGAGGCAUAUAGAGUUAGAGAUGCAUUUCCUAUAUUUCAACAAAGAGAGCCUUCAUACCGUUGUUGUCCUAGCAUUGAUGAUUGGAUGAGAGUGAAGGAUGUCAUUGAUAUUUUAGAGAUCUUUUAUGAAGCUACUCAUGUGAUUUCUAGAGUUGAUUAUCCUACUUCUAAUGUCUAUCUUGCCGUCAUUUGGAGAGUCAAGCAUGUAUUGAAUGAAAAGGAAAAUCAUGUUGAUGAGUUCAUUAGAGUAAUGAUUAAAGAAAUGAAGAAGAAAUUUGACAAAUAUUGGGGAAGUUGCAAUCUUUUGAUGGCUAUUAGAGCAAUACUUGACCCUAGGUUCAAAAUGAGGUUGGUUGAUUUUGCUUUCCAUAAGAUAUAUAAUGAGGUUGAUGCACAUGCAAAUAUUAUGAAGGUUCGAGAUGCAUUGUAUAACUUGUACUUUGAGUAUGUUGAAGUUGAUAAUGCAAAAUCUCGAAAGGGUACUACUUCAGAAAGAUGUUCUGCUACAUGCACAAGCUCCACAUCUCAAGGAAAAUUAGUGCCUAGUGGUUUGUCUAUGUUUGAUGAGUAUCUAGACACUAUAGAGGUGAAUGGUCCUUUGAAAUCGGAGUUGGACAUUUACUUGGAUGAGGGGGUUGUUAGAAGUCAAGAUGGGGAUGGAGCUGUAGCCUCUGAGUUUGAUGCAUUAGCUUGGUGGAAAUCUCAAGAAUUGAAGUUCAAAAUUCUAUUCACUUUAGCUCGUGAUGUUUUGGCUAUUCCGAUAAGUACUGUUGCAUCAGAGGCCACAUUUAGUGCAGGGAGUCGAGUAUUAGAUCCUUACCGUUCAAGGUUAGGUUCUGAUAUGGUAGAGAUUUUAAUUUGUGGAGGAGACUGGAUUCGCCAACUUCACGGAAUCAAGAAGCCCAUUAUGUCACAUGUAAGUUAG